AUGAGCAAUCAGACACAUGUCAGGGAAUUCAUCUUCCUGGCAUUUUCCAACCACCCCAACCUCCAGGGCUUGUUCUUCCUGGUCUUCCUGACCCUUUACCUGACAGCCGUGCUGGGGAACACGCUCAUCAUCCUGGCCAUCCAAGCCAGCCCCGCGCUCCACACCCCCAUGUACUUCUUCCUCAGCCACCUGAGUUUUCUGGACCUCUGCUACACGUCCACCACCAUGCCCGGAACGCUGGUAAACUUCUUCCGACAGGAGAAAACCAUCUCCUACGAGGGCUGCCUCACCCAGAUCUUUUUCUUCGUGGCCUGUGCUGGCACGGAGUGCGUCUUACUGGCCGCCAUGGCCUAUGAUCGCUGCGUGGCCAUCUGCCACCCUCUCCAGUACCCAACGCUCAUGCGUGCGCACGUGUGUGUGGGCUUGGUGGCUGGGUCAUGGCUAUGUGGGCUGGUGAACUCGGCCACGCACACGGCGCUGACCUCCACGCUCACUCUGUGCGGCCCCAACCACAUCAGCCACUUCCUCUGUGACGUCCCGCUGCUCCUGAAGCUGUCCUGCUCCGACCCCACGGUGAAUGAAUCCGUGCUCCACGCGGCCAGCGCUACCAUCGGCCUCAGCCCCUGCCUCUUCACCGCAGCCUCCUACCUGCUCAUCCUGUCCGCCAUCCUCAAGAUGCCCUCCGCCCAGGGCAGGAGCAAGGCCUUCUCCACCUGCGCCUCCCACCUCACCGUGGUGGUGGUCUUCUACGGAAUGGCCAACUUCAAUUAUGACAGGCCCAGAGAGGGCUACUCGCUGGACGUGGACAUCCUGGUCUCUGUGCUCUUCUGCGUGGUCACCCCCAUGUUGAACCCUGUCAUCUACAGCCUGAGGAACAAGGAGGUCAAGGGCGCCUUGAGGAAGCUUGCUGGAGAGUGUGCGUGCGUCCCCUGGCAAUAA